GCGGUCAGAAAGAUAUGGAAAGAAGAGGGAGGGAUAGCCUUUUGGAAGGGAGGACCGGCCCGUGUGUUGCGAAGUGCCCCACAGUUUGGGUUUACAUUAUUGACGUAUGAAGUGUUGCAGCGAUUGUUUUUCAUUGAUUUUGGUGGCCGACGACCCACUGGUUCCGAGACUAUGAUACCCGUCCACUCGACCGAAAUUAAGUCUUCAAAUCCAGACCACAUCGGAGGGUAUCGGUUAGGACUGGCCACCUUCACAGGCAUGGAAUCCAAGAUCAGUCAGAGCCAGACGUGCAGUGAAAGUGCCAGAGGAAGCACUACUCCAUACACGACAACCACUCCAUACCACUCCACACAACUCCGCUCACCAGCGAUGUUGUUGUUCUCCAAAGCCAAUACAAUGGAUAACUUAGACGACCCUGAGCUUCGUUUACUAAAGCACCCGCGUUGGACCCCAUCACCUGUUGAUCUCACAAUCGCUAACACCGUUCCGCCCGCCAGUGCUCUAAUCGCUUCACUGGGCGCCGCAUACUUCUGCUCGGGAUCGCCAACCACUGCCAACUCCGGAUACCCUCUCAACGGAGUUAUGGUCUCCGGACAGUCGUCUACCAGUCAUGUGAUGAGUAGUCGAAAGCAACGGGAAUUCAUACCUGAUAAUAAAAAAGAUGAGUCCUAUUGGGACAGAAGGAAAAGGAAUAACGAGGCGGCAAAGAGGUAG